CCCGGGCAGCCUCACACACGAAGCCCGGGGCUUGCCAGAACAAGAUGUCUGCAAGGCUGGAUCCCGAGAGAAUCCCGGGAGGCGAAGGUCCUGCCAACUUCGCGCCAGAGAGCGCGGACAGCCUGCGAGUGGCCAGUGCAUGGCAUGUUGAAGGCACUUCAUAAAAGUUCAUCGAAUUGUUGUUGGGGUUGUUUGCUGGAGGUGGGCGGGGAAGUCUGAGGAAUUGGUAAACCCCAAUCCGGGAUUUGUCUCUGGAACUGUUGCAUUUCUGUCUCAUUGGCAUGAUGACGUUAACAAGUAGAAAAGGCUCCUGGAAUCGGUUUCAUUGAAUUUGAGAUAUUUUGCAUGGAUAUCUAUCUUAAAGAUAUGUUCUGACUAGGGCCUGGAACCAAGAUUGAGGUGGAAAAAAAUGGAAGAAGGCGGCUCAUAUAUUGACACCGUCAGAAGCGCGGCCCCUGUGGCCCACGGCCGCGGAAUGAGGUACUCCGAAGCUUGGGAAUACUUUCACCUGGCCUUAGCCCGCUCUGGUCUCCCUGCCAGUCAAUAUGCCACCUGUAGGCUAUGUGGAAAGCAAGUGAGCCGAGGUCCCGGUUUUAACGUUGGAACCACAGCUCUGUGGAAGCAUCUGAAGAGCAUGCAUAAGCAAGAACUGGAAAAGAGCGGCCACCGGCAGGCUGGCCCUCGCCCAGAAGCACCUCCUUCCCUUCCAUCCUCUUCCCCCGGGGUAGAGGGUGACUGGGGGCGCCUGAUGGAACAGAUGGGGGCACUGGCUUUACGGGCCAGCCAGCGGGAACGGGAACUGGAGAAGAGAGAGAAGGCCGUGGAGAGGAGAGAAAGAGUCCUGGAAUUGAGGAAAAGGGCCAUUGAAGAGGAGGAAAAGGAUUUAGCUGAGAAGAGGCAGGAGCUUCAGGCUGAGAAGGAAGGGCUGCAAGCCCGGCUCCUGGAAGUAUGCCAGAGGGAAAAUGCUUUGGCCCUGGCUACUGCCCCUCUGUCCACCCCCAUCAAAGAGGAGCAAGAGGAUCGCGGUGAGGGCUACCUAAUCACCAACGUCCUCUUCUAGACUGGAGACCUUCGGCAAAGCGGAGCCCCCCCACGCUUUCUUCCUGCUGCUGACUCUUCAUGUCUCCCACAUGGUUUGUCAUUUCCUUUUCAAUUUACAGAUGAGGAAACUUCAGGCCCCAUGCUCUGUCGCUUCCCGAUUUCAGGAGAGGGACAUCUUUACAUUUCAAUCCCUACUGAAAUGAUUGCUCCUUCCAAAUGUAUGCUUCUUGGGGACGCAGAGAGAAUGCCAUUCUGUGGUCCUUUGGAGCAUCUCGUCUCCAUGACCACACUGUUCAAGCAUCUGCACCGCCCGGAUGUGUGAAUUUCACUUCUCAUCAGUAUCUUCCCCAGAGUCUGGCCUUCUCCAUCCUCACCAGCCUCCCACUUGUCUUCUUCCUCAAUUAGAGUGGAACCUCCUUGAGGAUGGGAUGCUGUAUUUUCUUGCUCAUGUAUGUUUCCCCCAUACUUAGCACAUUGUCUGGCAUUAUUGUAAACAUUCAGUAAAUGCUUUAUUGAGGGUACAGUUUUGGAACACAGUGAAACCUUGUGGAGGCAGGAGUACAUCUGAGCUGGAGCCAAGGAACAUCAGUAACAAAGUGGGAAUUCUGCUGGCUUUUCUGAACUCAGAAACAUCAGUCUUAUAUGAUGCCGAUUCAGCUAGCCGUGAACGACCCUGGAAGCCAUUAUGCCUAACGACAGAUAUUUUUCUCUCACUAAAUGCCUAUCCACAGAUGAUCAAAUUGGUCCUAUAAAGCAAGGGGCAAUUGAUAAAUGGGCAAAAUAUGGGUGAACAGUCAAUUUUUAGAUGAAGAAAUCAAAGCUAUAUAUAGGUAUAUGAAAAAAUGCUCUAAAUCAGUAUUGAUCAGAGAAAUAUAGCUCAAAGCAACUCUGAGAUAUCACCUCACAACCCUCAGGCUGGUUAAAAUGACAAAAGGUCAAAAGGACAAAUAUUGGAGGGGAUGUGGAAAAAUGGGGACACUGAUACACUGUUGGUGGAAUUAACCCAAGAAGUGGGAUCAUUAUAGGGAGGGCUGUGACUUCUUUGAGAUACCCAGAGAUGUUUAUAAAAUUGUGUAUAUCCAUAGAUCCAGCAGUGUCAUUGCUGCGUCUGUUUCCCAACAAGAUUAGGGGAAAAGGAAAAGAGUUCAUAUGUUCCAAAGUAUUUAUAGCCACUGUCUUUGUGGUGGCAAAUUGAGAGGAUGCUCAUCAUUUAGGAAAUGGCUAAAUAAAUUGUGGUGUAUGACUGUGAUGAGGGCACCAUAAGAAGCCAUAAGCAGGCUAAUUUAAAAAACAAACUUGGAAAUAACUAUGCAAGAUAAUGAAUGGCGAAAUGAGUAAAACCAAGAGAACAUUCUAUGGAGCUACAGAAUUAAUGCUGGAAGAAUAAACUGUAAGUGUUCUAUUCUAGAAAGGGAACUGAAAGGUGAAAACCUGAAAGAUUCCAUUUUUAUGAACAUGUUGGUCUCAAGGGCAAUGCCUUCUGUGAUGAAGAAGAAUGGGGAAGAGCUGGGACACUUGUGGAUGGGAUUUAUUAUGUAGAUAUGAAGAAAAGUAAGCUAAACAUAUAAGAGAUUUGUGUUUUCAUUUAUGUAUGAUCUUUUUGUAUGGAAAUUGUAAAAUUUGAAAUAAUAAUUUUUAAAAAAGAAAAAAAACAAGGUCUUAGAUAAAAGUUGUAGUAUCUUUGCUCUGUUUCUAGAUUAGACACCCAAGAGACACCUUUGGCUGGUAUCCUUUGUCUGGACUCUUAAAUUCUCAAUCCCCUUCUGGUUUCAUUUGUCAGCCCAUGGUCAACCCUUUCAGGAAUGCUUUGACUAGAACCCUAGAAUACUUCGCCUUCUGAUUUUUCACACUAUUAAUCUUACCAAUUCCUAGUCCUCCACCUUCUGUUUUCUUUAUUGCUCCUCCUGGGCUGCCAAAAUCUGUUUGAGAAUACCACAAAAAGGAGACCAGUACAAAUUCUUACCCACAAACCUAUCCCAAGUCCUUGAUGCUCCUUGGUAAUCCUUUUAUUUAGCUUGUUUACUUUUAAAUUAUUAAGUCCCCUGUACAGCCAUUUCACACUUUUCACCUACCCCUUAAUCCCCAGUCUUACCCCUACUCCAGUUUUACACCUCACUCUUGGCAAAGGACCACUUCCUGGUUUACUGGGGAGAAUAAGACCAUCAGGUGUGAGUUGCACAAGCAUCUUUAUUCCCUCUUUUCUUCCUUUGUCAAAGAAAUUACUUGAUUUAGAAGCAUUUAUUAAAUGGUCAACUAUCCUCUUUAUUCCUUGAUUUUUUUAAUGAUCACUUAAACCUCCUAAAAUAUAUUUUUAUUAUUAAGAUGUAAUUCUAAAUUAUACAAUUGAAGACCAGAAGGGACAAGAAAAAACUCAUUUUUUAAAAAAUAGCUUAGAUCUUUUUUUUUUUAAGCCACAUUUCUCCUGCCAAGGCUUUUCAUCCACCUCACUUUUGGUUCUCCAGGAGAUUUAACAUGUAGGUCUCCCCAGUAAGUCAUUCCAUCUAUGGAGUCUACAUGUUUAGAAUUUUACCAUCAGGCACAUAAAAGCACAAAAUAUAUUGUACAAUUAACGGGGGGAUUUACUACAUUAACGUAAUCUCCACCCCCUUCCCUCUGAUUCUCUGGAAGUUCAGUAUGUUGUGUAUAAAUGAAAAUUUUGAACCUUUGACUUCAUUCCCCAGAAGUCCUUAGUAUUUCCCAAGAUUCCCUAUAAUCUCUCCUGUGUCUCCACAUUGGCAAGAUCUUGUUAUUGGUAUUUAACGGGCUGUAACUCCUCCCAUGCUCUCUCUUUGGCAAACAUGGUGGCAGUGGUAAGCUAAGCACAGGGAUUUUGAAAUGGCUAAUCAGCCAUGGGCACGUGGUUUUUAUUUUUGUGUCCUCUUUAUUCCUUGAUUUCUAAUUGAUCAUUUAAUAAACCUCCUAAAAUAUAAUAUUUUUAUUAUUAAGAUAUGAUUCUAAAUUAUACAACAGCCUGUCUCUAAUCUACCUCUCCAGUCUCAUUAUCCAGAAAAUAGUCCUUAUAAAUUGUUACUGAAUCCUGUUCUACAUUUGAUUUUGAAUAUAUAGUUCAUUUAAUAUAUAUUAAGUAAUAUAAUAACUUAAGUCUUUUAAGUUUAAUGUUUCAUUUGUAUAAGAGUCAAUUGUCUCAUCUCUAAUUCAUAUUAUACAUUAAGUGCCUUUUUACUUUUUUUUGGAGUGAAAACCUAGUUGUGAGCCAUAAUUGAAUUUACUGUUAAGAAUAAUCCUCCCUCAGGGUGUUGGGACGGCGAUUGAGCCAAUGAGAGUGAACUUAUCCAUCUCAUUAAAGGGCAGGCUGCCCAGGACUGACCCUGUCCCUAGUGCAUGCCUGGGUAGAAAGGUACAGAAUGUGGUCUGGGCACAUUAUUACAGCCCACGGUAGAUGUUUGUGGUUUGUAUAUACUUCUGUGUGCACUGUACAUGCUUCCCUCUAUAGAACAUAAGCUGAUUAAGAGCAAGGAUGAGGGGGGCAGCUGGGUAGCUCAGUGGAUUGAGAGCCAGACCUAGAGACAGGAGGUCCUGGGUUCAAAUCUAGCCUCAGCCACUUCCCAGCUGUGUGACCCUGGGCAAGUCAUUUGACCUCCAUUUCCAAGCCCUUACCACUCUUCUGCCUUGGAGCCAAUACACCGUAUUGACUCCAAGAUGGAAGGUAAGGGUUUAAAAAAAAAAAGCAAGGAUGAUUUACUUUUAUUUUUCUGCAGGUAGAAAGCAGGAGAUUUGCAAAAGAUUAUAUAUGAAGGCCUACACAGAUGAGUUUCAUAUACAGUCCUUUCCUACUUUAUAAUGUAUAUAGAAAUACUAUUUUAGACAAGAGAAGGAAAAGAAGGCUGCUGAAGCAACUUAAAAAUGCAGCGGAUAAAAUAAAGGCAGAAAGAAGCACCGAAAAGUAGGGCAGCUUUGAAAGUUACAGGUUGAGAUUACCCUUCAAAAAGAAAAAGCAGCUGGACAUGAUAGAGAGCUGAAGUUUCCUGGAUAAUUCCUCCUCCCUCCACCUCAACCGCCCUUUGCCAUCUGCACCUGGUCUUCCUGAUCCCAGCUUUGUUUUCUUUUGUUUUCCUCUCUUUCUUCUUACCCACCUUCAAGGACCCUUGAAUAUUAUCCAGCAGGCUCCUGACAGAGAUACCUAGAAAUAAAUUCUAUUAAUAAAAAAACAAAAGAAUGGAACGAGGAGGGGGAAGGUGACAAAAGAUCUGAAUGGGUAUAUGGAGUCUACUCCAUAUACUUUCAUUUCAGAAUAAAAAUAAAUUUUGGAAAUACUUUCAUUUCAGAAUAAAAAUAAAUUUUUACAAAGAAA